UUACCUUCUCUUACCUGUGGUAUUGAAAGCUCAAGGAUAUGACCAAUAUCUAUUAGGUGCUUACUGGGUUGAAAUAAAAGCACACGUUGAACUGUCAAAAUGGAAUCGCCGGUGGGGAAAGGUUUUUACAGAAUGGAGAUACAGAAAACUACAUGGGAUGUUCCUGAGCAAUAUGUCGAACUGAAAGCCGUUGGCUCUGGCGCUUACGGUACUGUGUGUUCCGCCAUUGACCUGCAUACCAAGGAAAAAGUUGCCAUAAAGAAGCUAUAUCGUCCCUUUCAGUCCCUGAUUCAUGCCAAACGGGCUUAUCGAGAACUACGACUCUUGCGCCACAUCCAGAAUGAAAAUGUGAUCUGCCUCCUGAAUGUCUUCACACCCGAUUCCUCUCUGGAGAAAUUCCAGACGUUUUAUCUAGUAAUGCCCUUCGUGGCGAAGGACCUCGGUCACAUAAUGAAGAAAAGGAGACUGACCGAUCGCGUCAUUGUUUACCUGUUCUACCAGUUACUACGUGGACUCAAGUAUAUCCAUUCAGCAGGGAUCAUUCAUCGGGACCUUAAACCUGGUAACAUCGCUGUCAACGAGAACUGUGAAUUGAAGAUCCUGGACUUUGGCCUGGCCAGACAUGCCGAGAGUGAGAUGACAGGGUAUGUAGUCACACGGUGGUACAGGUCGCCGGAGAUAAUCUUCAACUGGAUGCACUACAGCCAAUCAGUGGACCUGUGGUCAGCAGGGUGCAUUCUGGCUGAGAUGAUCACGGGUCAGGUUCUGUUUCCAGGCAACGACAGCAUUGACCAGCUGAAGAGGAUCCUCAGUGUGACAGGAACGCCGCCGCCCUCCCUGGUUCAGAAGAUGCAGAGCAAAGACGCUCGCACAUAUGUGCAGAAUCUCCCCAUCCAAAGGAAGAAAAACUUUAAAUUGGUUUUUCCCUCCUUGGAUGCAAAAGCGGUGGACCUGCUGGAGAGAAUGCUGCUGCUGGACCCGGAGACCAGGACCACAGCUAAAGAGGCCCUCACACACCCGUACUUCUCUGAGUACCAUGACCCCGAAUCUGAACCCGACUCCCCGCCUUACGACGACUCCUUCGAAAGUAAGGAGCUUGACGUGGGAGAGUGGAAGAGUCUGAUUCACAUGGAGAUUAUGACUUUUGACCCCAGCAACCCUGGUGCCACUGCAGUGUAGCGGACUGGAUCUACAGACUCCAUUUCUCCCGUUGGACGGACAUGGAGGUUGUGAGCUAAAUGGCCGAGCUACAUGUUAUAAAAAACAUUGAGCUAUAACAUUUCACAAACUGGAUCUAAGACUUAGUGAGACAUGCACCAUUAUAUUGUAUGUCGUAAUUUUGGGAAAAAUCCUCAGGUUUUAAGGGUAGGUCAUGGUGUAUGCCUUUAGAAAGUGUUGUAAAUUUGUAUGAAUGAUGGACAUACAGAACAUUUAAUUUAAUAGUGCUGUUAUCAAAGAUAAUUCAGUAAUCGACCACAGACUUAGUGUUUAACCAAUUGGCUGCAAUGUAUUUUAUGUAUGCACACUGUUUUUUAUUUUGACUGAGUAAAACCUGAAUUCAGUCUCAAUUAUAAACUCACUACCUCAGUUUGCAUAUCCUCAAGCAACAUUUUUUUUUCAUCUUAAUUGGUAAUGUGUUGGUUGCAAGAAAACACUUUCUGAAUGAAAGUAUAAACAUAUUGUCCUGUAGAUGGCACCUGUUCAAUUCAAUACUCUGCUGCCCUCUAUUCUCAACAGAGGGCAGCAGAAGCCGGGAUAUAUGUGCUUGUGAAUGGUUGGAUUCAUCAAGUCUCAUGUAAAUGUAUUUUUCAGCACAACUUGUAAGUUGAAAUUGGAGAGGUGAGAUAGUGUAUUGUAUAUGUGUUGUUAUAUUGUAUUGUUUUGGUUUCUAUGGAUCCUAUCCAAAUCAUUUCAGAAAACAUCUAUACAUCUCAAUAAAUAUUUGUUUUUACCGUUUUCUUUUUAAUACAAAUUGUUCAGAUAAUGAAUCGGUCUCUUCAUAGUAGCUAUAUCACUGGGAUGGUACUCCCCUUUCGUAAUAGGUCAUAUUGUUUUUUUAGACUGUGAGGUGUUCUUGGGAUUGGGGAUCUUUGUCAGUAUACACACAUGCUUCUGUUGAGAUUUGGCUUCUGCAUUCAACCUGACUCUUCUAAAUGGGAGUGGUGAUAGUAGCUGCCAUAGUUAACCCCAGGAAAGUAACUAGAAUGAGCUGCCUUCUCAGGGAAAGAACAACCGUUUAUCCCCCUUGCCCACUCGGAGAUUUGAUAUGGCAUACAUUAGCUUACGGGUCAGAUGCUUGGACGGGGUGAAAGAAAUAUUCAAUCUUUAUUUUAUUUUUGUAUUUACUGACAAAAAUAAGGUAUAUUUAUACAAAAACUUGAAAAUGCUAGUUAUCUUGCAUUGGAUUUGUGCCAAACAUUCCAAAGAAUGGAUUUCUGUUAACCAUUACAAUAAAGCACUGCAUAAAUCA